UUUUUUCCUCCCCUCUCUUCAGGAACUCGCAAAGUGAACCUUACAUCUUGGCAUCAUGACAAAGGCCAGGCAAACUUAUCAAAUAUGACGUUCAGUGAUGGGAAGCUGAUUGUUAAUCAAGAUGGAUUUUACUACCUUUAUGCCAACAUUUGUUUUAGACAUCAUGAAACUUCAGGAAACCUGACUAAGAGAGGGCUUCAGCUGAUGGUGUACAUGACUAAGACAAACCUUAAAAUAAGGCGCUCUGAUGUGUUGAUGAAGGGAGGAAGCACCAAAUACUGGUCAGGGAAUUCGGAAUUUCAUUUUUAUUCUGUAAACAUAGGAGGAUUUUUAAAAUUAAAAACUGGUGAUAUGAUAAGUAUCCAGGUAUCAAACCCAUUGUUACUGGAUUCAUCACAAGAAGCAACUUACUUUGGGGCAUUUAAAGUAAGAGAUUUAGACUGAAUCUUUUAGUGUGCUGAAAUAUUGGGGGGUGGGGGUUUGUAGUCCAGACACAACUUGAAGACAGAGAAUGAAAAUCUUUUGCACCCCAAUUGCAUCUGUGUAAAACAUAUAUCUCUAAAGACACAUUUUGCCCUGUGCUGAUUCUAGCAACAGUUUCAUAAAUCAAGGAUAUAAUUAUAUAGAUCUCCUGAUUCAGUCUUAUGCUAAUUUUACUUCCUAUGUUUCCAUUGGCUUUGGUAGAGUCAUUAUGAUUUUACAUUGAUUUAACUGAAAGUAGAGCAAUUAAUAUUACUCUAUUUGUUUCCACACCCUGACCGUACUUUAUAGCCUGUGCUACUCUUGCUAGUACAAACAGUGCCCAGAACUGGGCAGGGCAGAAACUGGCUUCCAGAUUGAGUUUGGUGCUCAGAUUUGCUUGGGGCUGAGCAUUCUGACCCUGAGACAGCAAAGAUUGUGAACGUAUGACUAAUUCCAUUGCAUUUGAUGUGGUUUUUCACAUGUUUAGUUAAGCGGGUUCUUGCUUUGCUGGAUUAAGGUUGGAGCUUUCAAGACCCAGCAGAAAUGAGUUGUACAACACCUAAACAGUUCAAAUUAAGUUUUUAUCUGACUAAAAGGGCUAUUCCAGGAAGGAGGAGGAUCAUCUGGCCUUGCAGUUCUAAAAGGUUAAUUACAGGUCAUUCUUAUUGUUGCACAGCUAAUUGCAAAUACAGAUUGUCAAAGUACAGUAUGCCUUUAAAGUAUUACAUUGUGCCAGAACCUGCAAAGACAUUUUUUUAGACAAAAAAUAUGUAUUUUUAUAUUCUGUAAUAUCUAAAGUUAUAUUUCAGGUGUAAUGUUUUGUGUAAAGAAAAAAAAUGUAAAUUAUAUUGUCCUAUAGUAUUUGAUACAAGAUAUUUAAAUUCUCUUGCUGUUUGUAUAUUUAAUGUUUUAUACUGUUUUUAAUGUACAGACAUGUUAAACUAGUGCACUUUUUAAUCCCAAUGGGAAAAAUUGCAGCUAAAAGAGGUUGUUUGCAAUUAGCAAAUGUAAUAUAUCUUUGUUCUUUUUAACUUAAUAGAUUUCUGUUAAACUUGUCAGUAUUACUGGGAGGAGAGAGGGAAUUUCACACCAAAGUCAUGAGUAAUCACACCAGAAUGCUGGUCACUGGGUGCCUUUCCAACCUGGAGGGUUAUUAACAUUAUGAAGCUGGGAUGACAUUAAAAAAAAAAAA